GUUUAGUACAGUAAAAUCUUUUAGCGGGUAAAAACUGUCCUGAUAAAGCAGCCUCAGUUCAUACUUUGAGCUUGAAAUACAGAAGCACCAUACGAUGGAAUUUAAAAUCUCCGUCAACAAUGCUAUUGGAUUCUUCCUCCUUAUCACUAUCAUUGUGAUAGAAGUAAAGAUCAGUCUUCAGCAGCACUGUCUGCCGAAAAUCUCUUCACAGACUGGUCACGCUCUGGUUGUUUCACAGUACAAAACAUUCACCACUCAAGACUAUCCUACUUGUAUGAUGGAAUGCAAGAAAGAACAACGUUGUAUGAGCCUCAACUUUCAUUUGGUCACGAAAUCAUGUGAACUGAACACACAAACAAAUGAAUCAAUACCGGAUUAUUAUUAUAAAAAGAGACCGCACAGCAUCUACACGACCAAUACUGCGUUUAGAACACCAGAACCGGCCUUUGGUUUAGCGCAAAACAAUCCUGCCAAAUCCUGUUUGGAGAUAUUGAAUAAAGGUAGUUCCAUUGGCACAGGCGUGUACUGGAUAGACCCGGCUAACACAGGAACCCCAAUGCAAGCUUACUGUGACAUGACAACUGAUAGAGGAGGCUGGACAAUCGUAAAGAGGAAUAUCUUACAAACGACAAGCGCAAUUAUCGAAAAAAACGAUUAUGCGGACAUGAAUGUCAUUGCCACUUACGACCUGAACAGCGAAUGGGUUGCACCUAAAGUGCAAGCAAUGCUGGAUAUCAAGAACAAGAUGGGAUUCCAACAGAUUCAUUUCUAUUGUCACAAGAAAUCCGUGGGUAGAGUAGUGAGUAUCAUGACCAAGAACGACACCGCUGGACAAGCUGUAGUGAGUUACUUUACCGGCCCGGCAUCACCGUCAUCUUUCCCCAGAGCUUGUGGUUCAUUUGAUAGACUGCCUGAGGAUACAUCUAUUCUGAGCCAGAAUUGUAAUAAAUGGGGAACCGCGAGAGCUCCUCCUGAUACUCAACCUGUUAGCUGGGUCGACCAAUGGGGUUUCCAAAAUCACGAAGGACCAAAGCGCCCUGGUUUGAUGCCUUUUGCAAUGGAUUUACCUCCAAGAUACUUUUAUGGCACCAGUAGAUAUAACGAUGAUGGUAUUGGAUACAGAAACCUUUGUGACGAUAAUUAUUUAACACCAGCACCAUACAGUAUAGGAGAUAUCUGGCAGAUCUCCGUGCGCUGAUUUCAUUCAUUCCUGAUAUCG